AUGCAACACCUGAUCGAGUUCUUCGGACGAACGCACCUGGUGCUUUUACACUUCCCGAUCGCGCUCGCUUUAUCAGCGGCGGCGGUUGAGUUGUGGCGUGCGUGGGUGAUGAAUGGGAAAGGCACGAAGUAUCGUCCGAGCAGUGGCGGGACGCUGAUGUUCGUGCUCGCGAUGCUCGGGACGAUCGUCUCGGUGAUUACGGGAUUGAUCCUGGGAUUUGACGGCGGGGAACGCGUAGAUCUGCAUCGGAUCUUGGGGAUCGUUAGCGGCGCGUUGAUGUUCAUCACUUGGUUCAUGCUCGUGUCGGUGAUGAAGAAUGAGCACAAGAGCGGGGUUGGGUAUCUGGUGAUGCUGUGUGUGUCCGCGGCGUUGAUUGGCGCGACGGGGCACUUUGGUGGUGACCUGACGCACGGCGAGGGGUUCCUCACCAAGCCCCUCAAAGAACUGGUGGGGAUUAAGGAAGAUCCACGGGUGCUUGAAGCGGAAGCGAUGGGGAUCAGUAGAGCGUCUGUGGAGAUGUUCGAGCUUUCGGUGCUUCCGAUCAUGGAGCGGUCGUGCGUGGAGUGUCAUGGUCCGGACGAGGCGGAGGACGAUAUCCGAUUGGACACACUCGCGUAUGUGCUCGACGAUCGCGUGCAGACGGUUCGCCGCGGGAGUCCUGACGACAGCGAGCUGGUGUAUCGGAUCGAGCUGCCUCAUGAUGAUCCGGACAUCAUGCCUCCGGGGGGGGCUGGGGAGCCGUUGACGCAGGCGGAGAUUGAUGAAAGCGGAGACGUCGAGGAAGUUCCAGUCGCCGUCGGCGGUGAGGUCCGCGGCGGGGCUCUGUUGUCCGAAUGCUUGGAGGUACGCAGAGACAUCGAGGAAGUUGAGCUGCCCGUCGGUUUCGAAGUCGGCGAUGCAGGACUCUUGAGAUACCGCGAUCCCCCUGAUGUUGAGGAACUCUCCGGUGUAAAGAUCGACAUGGAUGAGCAAGGCUGGCGGCUGGGUGCCUUGGGUGAUCACUCUUCCAGCAAGGAUGAAGCCGGUGAGUCCGUCGUGUGUGGUCAUGCCUCCGAUGGUGCGGGUAGAGAAGAUUGCCCCUUGAUUUUCACCGAUGAGAUUGGUUUCCAUGGUGUCGAGGUUGAUGGAAAAAAUUCCAUUGACAAACUGACUCCAUGA